GCAGCAGCCGCUCAAGAUCCCGUUCUCGCGGAGGCGAUCCGGCCAAAAAGAUCCAGAAGGCUGCCAUGGCUUCCCUCAUUGCCGGUGCCACCGAGGCCUUCCAAAAGGCCAAGCGCAUCCUUACUGCCGCAGCGGGUGCUGCUACUGUUGAUGCUGCCAUGAAGGACGAUAAGGCGGGCAGCAAGCUCGGUUUGGCCGAAUCUGUCAUCGGUGGUCUGCUUGGCAACCGUGUGCUGAACGGCUCCAAGAAGAACAUUGAGGAGGAUGAGAAGACCGGUCGCUCUCGGUCGCGGUCUCGUGCCCGCUCUCGGUCCAAGGGGCCCGGUGGCGGACUCGCCGCUAUCGCGACUGCUGGUCUCGGGACCUACGCUGCAAACAAGCUCAGCAGCCGAUCCAGGUCCCGACGCCGGAGCACUGAUUCAUAUGACAGCCGCGACGGCUCGCGCGAUAGACGUCAUCGCAGCCGUAGCCGCAGCGUCGUCGACUCGGCGCGCAAGGGCCUUGCCAAGCUAGGCAUUGGAAACGGGCCAGACGACUAUGAGCGCGACCGUCACGACCGCAGACAUUACGACGACUAUGCCGACUCUUCUCGAAGCGGGCGCCGACACCGAGACUACUCAGACGAUGAGCGCUCCAGAAGCGGCCGCAGCCGUAGUCGCUCAAGGGGAGGAGGAACUGUGGCAAGGAGACGCGAUGCUUCGCGUGGAUCAGUCUCCUCAUCCGACCUGGGAGAUUCGGACGAUGACAGGAAGAGAACCAAGAAAAUGAGAGCUGUGGCGACCAUCCACGCUGCCCACAACAUCUACCAAAGCGUGGAGAAGCACGGCGUACGUAAGAAGGCAGUGAGGGAAGGGGAGUUGAGUCCGGAAGAAGCCAAGAAGCUCAGGCAGAGAGCCAUGCUGCAAGAUGCCGCAUCGGUCGGCAUCGCGGCCCUGGGCAUCAAGGGCGCCAUCUCGGAGAUGAAGGAGGCUCGUGAGGUGACGCAUGAGACGCAUGAGUGGAAGAAGAAGAAAGAGGAAAGGCAUCAGAGACGGCUCAAAAGACUGCGGGCAACGGCAAACCAGGCAAAUGACUUUGACGGGGACGGCCGUGGCGACAUUGUCGACUUCGGCAGACGCAGGGCUGACAACUGGUCUUCUUCAGCGCCGCCCAAGGCGACUCGCCUGGAGGAUGGUCCCUAUUAUACUGAUGGGAAUCCAUACGGUGCCAUGCCUCGCAAUCCCUCUCCUCCAUCGGGCAACAGUCCUGGCAGGAGAUGA